UCUCUUAAUCAGCCAACUAAAAAACAGAUUGCUUUUAAAAGUUGGUUUAUAAUUGGUGUGUUCUCUUUCUGUCCAAGGAGGAAGAAAGCCUGCGACCACAUCAAUCUCACGGUGUAAAAAUGGUCUUUUACGAAUUGUCUGGGUCAACAGUCAAACUCCUUGGAACUCAGACUCGCAGUGAUGAAAUGUUCACUUUGGGGAAGCUCAUAGAAUUGGAGGAUUCAUCAGAUGACGAGCACAAGGAAAGCCAAGGCAACUGUGCUCUUCUGCUACCAAAUAGUAAAAAUGAAGGGAAGCUGUAUUCAGAAACUGUCAUUCAGCACAAGCCUUUGAAUUUAGAUGAUAAUAGGACAAGGAAGAAUAAGAGACGCCAGGGACCUAAUAAGGCACCAGCUCCAGUUCACAGUUCUCAGCUGACUCAGGAACAAAGUCGUCGUAAGGUUGUGGAUGCCUUGAGGGAAGCUCUUUUGAAAAGGUUGGAUGAUUUGCCUGACCUGUGUGUACAGAAAAAAGCAGUUAUGAAGAUAGCAAAGAAAGUGGAGCAGGAGAUUUUCAAACGGUUUUGCUGUGUUGAACAAAACUACAAGAACAAGUACCGCAGUCUGCUCUUCAAUUUAAAAUCUGCAGAAAACCAGUACCUCUUCCGCAAAUUAAUACUUGGGGAGAUUACCCCCAAGAGACUAGUUCAGAUGAGCUCCUUUGAGAUGGCACCCCCAGAACUAGCAGAGUGGAGAGCCAAAGAGAACAAACGUGCGCUGGAAAUAAUAGAGAGAGAGGAACAAGAAGCACCAAGGUGUUGCUCUGCAAAAUUCAACCACAAAGGAAUUGUAGAGAUAGAGAGAGAAGCAGAAGAGGACUUGAUGUUCCAAGAAAUAUUUGGAUCACAGUCACCCAAAGAGGUGAACCAUAGUUCUGAGGUUCCUAGAGUAUCUGUGAGAGACCCAGAUGAUGUUCAGCGGAAUCGUUCUGAGGAUCCUAACUAUCUUAGUUGUUUUGGACAAAUUACUGCCGGCGGUGAGCAGGGAUUUAAGCCACCUACGUACAAGCACGCUUUAAAACAGAAAGCAAAUGCCACCAAACAUUGGCACCCAAGCACCAUGUACUCAGAGGAAGGAGAAAGGCCUCUGCAUGUGGACAGCCCCAUCUCACCUCACAUUCCAAAGAAACAUCGACGAGUGGAGAAGCAGCCCAGGAACUCCGCCAUCUGGGAAGGAGUCAUUCACAUGUUCAGUGUGAAGCAAUUUGUGGCAAAAGCAUAUCCUGUUUCUGGAUCCAGCUGUAAUCUGUCACAGGCCUUACCACAUCUUCUACAGGGAAGGGGCUGUAUUCUCCCGGAGGAUGUCUGGUCCUAUCUAGACAGCAUAUGGCCAGCAAACAGCAAGGAGAUGGGAGUGAUAAGAUUCCACCCCAGCUUACCCAAAGGCUUCGACCCUUAUAACACUCUGUAUUCCUACUUGAACAAUAAACAGAGAUAUGGCAUCGUGGACAGCAACCAGAUGGAGAUAUUCAUGGUGCCAUUAGCAGCUUACCAGCCUGUGCCUUCUAAACUGCACGCAUUUGGUGGUCCAGGGCUUGAGCCAUGCCACCCUUCUUUGUUGCUGGGACUAAUUCUGCCCAAGAGAACAUGUACAGGCAGUUUGGAAACAAUGUCUAAUCCUUUACCAAAAGCCAGAAGAAAGAAUAUCACUUUAAAGGACAGCACUGGAGCUGAUAGCUUUUCUCUUCCACAAGUGGACAUUUGCCAGACAUGGCCACCACCACAAUUGUCCAUAGAUAGCCUUCUCUGUGGAAAUGAGGGGCCCUUGCUAGUCCUUCCAAGACAAGAGCCUUUAGCAGCUGAUGCUGUCUUUGUUCACCCUGAAGAGCUUGGUGGAGAGACGUUUCAUAGAGAUCCUUCCUCUUUGCAGCAUGAAGAGGCAGGAAAUGAAGCCCACCACUUUCCUGUAGGUGAUACUCACCAGUCACUAAGUAGUUAUUGGGCAGUGGAACAGUGGAACAACUUGAGUCUGGGAAUCUUGGGAGCACAGCCACAUCAGGACAGGGAUCUUGCGCAGCUCUGUGGUGAUUCUGAUCAAUCACAUAUCUGGAAGACUAUUGAGCUUCUUUUGUCUUCUGAGCCUGUGUGCCCAGAUCAGCAUGAAGCAGAUGGAGCAAACAUAAUAGAUUCCUCAUUCUUACAGAGCAUCCUUUGUGCUGAUGCUUUGCCACCUUGCGAAGUGUCGCAGGUUCUAUCUUCGCCCCAGAUUCCUUGCAUUGCAUAUGUUGCUGGAGAACCCAACUCAUUGUUGCAGGAAACUUUAUCCCUCAUCCAGCAGGUUGAGUCCCAUCUCCAGACUCAGGGGCCUAAUACACAGAUGCCCUAAGAGCCUUGUGGCCCUCAAGGACUAAACUGUAGUUGUUUAAAAACAAAAUGCAAAGAAAGGGAAAGGUGGCUUUAAAGAUUGUGGCGAGGCAUGGCAGCCAUCUUCUAAUGCAAUUAAGAAUUUAUCUCAGGGAAAAAGUGGGGGGGGGGGGAACCUAAUAUUGAAUUUGUGCUUUUCCAACUUUUUAAAUAUAUAUUUGCUUUUGUUGUUGUUGUUCAUGACUCUCAUAAUCCUUGUCCUCUGGCAAGAUUUGAUCAACAUUCAGAAUGUGCUUGUGGUGAAAAAAACAUUAUGACCACUGGUGAUGAUUUUGCAAGCCACUAAGAGGUGAAUACUGAUGGCCAACUUUACUAAGCAUUCACGUAACAAUUUUGGUCAGUCAGUCAGCUGUAUUGUCCUGCCAUGGAGAAUCUUGCCAUGCUUCUGUACCUGGCCAGAAAACUGGAGAACCAGUGGGAGAGAUAAUGUGAUCUUCACCUCUUGUUAGGAAGAUGAUACCACAUGGACUGGUUUGCCAAGUAAUGUUUGCACACCACUUGUUAAAGGGCCACCUGUAUUUUCCUGGAAAGCUUUAUUGCUACCAAAUUGGAAUCAACAGUCGCAGGUCAAUGUAUUGAGACUUGGAUCUCUGCCAACCAUAUUGUAAACAGCAGGUGGGAAUUCUAAUGGCAACAACAACAGCAUUCAGGUAGGGGGAAAUCACAUUGGGGAACAGACUGUGUAAGCUGCAAGAGGUGGAAGGUUUAUCACCCUCCGUUACCCUUCAAAUUGGACUCCCUCGUUUCUAAAUGAUCAGAGCAGAUCUGGGUUUUAAAAUAAUGCAUUUGCCACUGUGGUUCAUCUUGAUUGGUUCUGUAAAUGGUGUGAGCCUUGGGAUGCAAAAUCUCAAACAGUGUCUGUGGCAAAGCUGAUUGGCACACCACAAGCACAUUUUCAGUAUAGCCUGAAAACAAGCAUUCUCCAGUAUGACAAUGCAAAUUCAUGCUUAAUAACUUCCUGAACAAAAGGGUUUGAUGGUGAGAGAUACAAGUGAAUAAAGUUCCACUAUUUCUGGGUUUUUUUGAAAUUAGAUGUGGUUGUGUGGGGUAAGAGAGAGUGACCCUAGUGGUAAAAAAAACUGAUGUUAUAAGAUGAAAGUUGGGUCGGUACUGGUGUUAUCUGCAUACAGAAUACUAACAUGACAGAUUUUUCUGUUUUUCUGUUAAGCUGUUCAUAGCAAUAAAAGCGUUGUUAAUUGUUAUAA